UUCUUCCUGUCAGCACCUGCUCCGAGCCCCGGAGCAGCGGAGGCUCCGUGAUCCCGGGAUGGGCUCCGGGGCCUGGCUCCGGCUGCUCCUCACCCUCGCAGCUCUUGGGGGGAUCGGCGCCAGGGAAACGCAGCUGGGGGUUCUGGGGGAGGCGACGCAGCUGCGGGUGCCCCGCGAGCUGCAGAACCGCACCGAGAAAUUCGGGGAAGCCUCCUGGAAAAAAAUCACCGGGAAGCCGCUCAAGAAGAAACUCCUGCUGAGGGUUUCGGGCGGGAGCCCCGUGGAGUUCGAGCCGGGGCGGCUGCGCUUCCACAGGCAGAACUUUUCCCUGGAAAUCCUCAACACCAGCCGGGACGACGGGCGGCUCUACGAGUACAGCGUCUACACUGGCUCGGAGGAGGAGGUCUGGCAGAUCCAGCUGGAAGUGCUUGAGCGCGUGGCCGAUCCCAGCAUCCGGAUCCUGGCCCGGGAAUUGUCCAACGGGAGCUGCUGGCUGGAGCUGAGCUGCUCCUCGGAGCGGGGGGACGAGGUUUCCUACAGCUGGGACAGCUGGGACAGCCGGGACAACGGCACCGGGGGGCUCUGCCGGGCCAACGGCAGCGUCCUGGCGCUCUCGUUCCCGCUGCGGAGCGCGGCCUUCGGCUGCGUCUGCACCGCCCAGAACCGCGUCAGCCGCGGCCGCGCCGCCUUCGACGCCGCCCAGUGCGGAUCCCAGCACAGGGAUGUCCGUGGGGUGAGGACAGAGCUCCUGGUCCCUCUGGUGGUGCCCAGUGUCAUCAUCAUCAUCCUCGCCAUCGUGGUCAUUGUCACCUGCAGGGCCACCCGCUCGGCCAAAUGUGGCCCAGACCCCGCCCAGGUCACCCCGGACCCCGCCCAGGUCACCCCGGCCAGCGCCACCAUCUACGCCCAGGUGCAGCGGGUGCAGAGGCCCAAAGGGGCCGCCCCCAGCGCCGCCCCCCCGUCCUGCACCACCAUCUACGCCGCGGCCACCGGGCCGCCCCCGGCCCCUGACGGAGCCCCCCGGUCCCCAGCCCGGUCCCCAACCCUGCGGGGACGCUCCCCUCUGUCCCAGGAGCCCACGACGGUUUAUGCCAGCGUGACCCUUCCCGUGGUCUGA